AGCGCCACCGUUGGCCAAGGCCAGCCUUGGCACCGAAAUCCGUCGAGACGGUCGAGUCAAACAAAGAACAUGAAACAUGUCAGAGUGACGAAAGUUAGUCAUACUUGGCUGAGUUAACCAGUUAAAAUAACUUUUACAGCAGUAAUAUGUAGCCAAUCCUCUCAAGUGGAUUACCAUUUAAGUUUCGAGGUGGCUUAUCCUAAUAGAAGAGAUUCACUGGGAUUGGCAUUCCAGAUUAUAAAGCUCUGAGUGGCCACUUCAGAAAAAAAAAAGAGGAACACAGAACACCCUUGGAACAUCAUUAGCCAGCCAAACGUUCUCAGAUGUAUCCACAAUGCUGGUGAUGGAGAAAAGCUUACCCUUUUGAGCUUUUAAAAGUUAUGGCUACUUGAAGGCAUCCAGAAUACAGUCAACACAAGAGUUGGCUAAUCAUGAUCAGCAUUGGUGAGCUUCAACUGAUAAUUUCAAUCUUAGUUAAGGUGGUGCUGUAUUACUGUGUUUUUCACAAAUUUCAUAGUUUAAUUUCUUUAAUUGAUAACAGCUUUUUAAAACUAUCUAUCUAAUCUCUUUUUCUUACUUUAGGCACAGACUAUGAAGUAGUCUGAAAGUCAUAGUCUCUUACUUCGUAGUCUGUGCUUUAGGUCUGUUUCUUUAAUUUGGUGUAACUUAAUGACUAAUAGGAAAGGGGGUUGCUAUUGAAAAACCUGGUACAUCCAAGUGCACAGGACUUCUUUUCUGAAAUGAAAAGAGAAACUUGUCAUUGUUGGUCUAACUAAAUGAAGAAUUUAUGUUUGUGGUGCCUGCUGUGCUAUGUAGUGGAUAAUCAUUAAUUAACACAGAAUACUUGCAAAUCCAAGUGGCUUCAAUGACACGGCUACGUAUACUUACGAACUGGCCUACCAAUGUGUGAUAGGACACGCAUACUUUCCAGUCUUCCGAUUUUACUUGUCACACUGAGCUCUCAGCCUGACCUCUCAGCCUGACUUUCGUAGUAGCUCCUGGGAAUUUGCUGAUUUACAAGUGUCCAAGAUUUGUUCUUCAGAUGGAUGUUGAAAACCAGUCAAAUAGAGUUAAGUAUUUUCCAACAGCUUCGUUGACAUCAACGUGUACACAUCCUUAUGCUAGUUUCAUUAUAUUGUCGUGCAACAGUUGGGUGUUCUAGCUUGAAAACAACAACUCCUUCCGGUACUAUUUUAUUCGAAGAACGGAUAUCUUUGCUUCAUCACUCCACCAGCAAGGAAUUGAGAAAGCAUGCAGGCAAUCAUAGAACCUAAGUUCGAUUCGUGAUCAUUGGAUCCCAAAUUUCACUAGAUUCACAACGGUACCAAUGGGCUAUUCUUUUGCACGAAUGGAUGAGGCGCCAUCGAAAAACGUCCUCUGUCGAAAAAUCGAAGUUACUGUAAGGUGCACACCUGCUGCGUAUCCUUCGUAAUCGCGUUAACUUUUUGAACCUGAUCACAAUUCAACCCGCAUGAAAUGGCAUCUAAAGCCAACGCCUCACCGAAUAUAACGUAUAACAGGCGGGACGUGCUAGGCAAGGGACACUAUGGCGUCGUUUUUCGAGGUUUAUUUGACGGCCGUGAAGUUGCUGUCAAACGAGUACUGCAAGAAUAUGCCCCUAUGAUUUCUAAUGAAAACGAAUUUCUUCAGUUGAAGCACCCGAACAUUGUGCAACUUCUGGUAAUCGAGGAGACGGAAGAAUUUCGAUUUUACGCCUUUGACUUGGCCGUAGAAAAUCUCGAUGACUUUUGCCGAGGAAAAUAUUCUGGAACAAUGCCAGAUGAUAAAGAAGCAAUGUUACAGAUGGCAAAAGGACUCGAAUACAUUCACAGCAAACAAAUGAUUCAUUGCAAUCUUAAACCUCAAAAUAUUCGCAUUUCGAAAGAAGUGCCUACUCGGCUUAUGAUCGCUGUUUUUGGAUGUUGCAAGAAAACAGGCGAAGGCGGAUAUGUUUCAUUGUCUCGGAUGAAUGAAACUGACGAAUGGAUUGCCCCUGAAGUUGUUGAAGCUCGUCAAGAUAGAGCUGAAGAAGAAGAUGUUGGUGAUGAAGACGACUCGGGUGAAGAACUGCAUUCCGUGUUCAGCGAUAUCUGGACUCUAGGUUGUCUGUUCUUUUACUUCCUAACAAGGGGCAAACAUCCGUAUGGAAAUAACAGCAACGAUAUUAACUGGAACAUGUCCGUUACUCGUAAACCGGUCGAGCUUGAGAGAUUGGACUUACGUAGCAGCGUUGAAAACUACGCUGAAAUUAUCAAAUCUAUGGUUACAAUAACGCCUACUGAACGAGAGGGAUUGAACCAGGUUAUAUACAAUCUGGAAAACGUCUACGUACACGCGGUGGCCCAAGGGGCUUUCGAACGCUCGCAUCUCCCAGAGGUUUUCGAACGCUCGCUUCUCCCAGGAGUUCCACCAACCCAAACGCGAUUCAUCAAAAGUCAGGCAAGGUUUAGAUUUCAGGCGGGAGGGACUUCACCUGAUCGGCAGACAAUCGCCGUGGCACAGAUUGGGGGCACAGAUUGGGGGCGGCAAUUAGUUAGAGACGGGUUGGUUGCACAGGUUGGGGACCAAGGAUGGGAUUCGCGGCAGACACACCAUGCUACGGAAGAAUUUUCGACUUAUCGCGGUUUAAGUCAGUGGGAAGAACGACUGCAGCGGACUGUUCACAGGCUCUCUAAUAAAGUUGAAGAAUUACAACACGAAUUAAAACGAACUGCUAAUAUGCUCGAGGAAAAAAUCCAACAUUCCCACGAGAAAAUAGGCCAUCUAAACGAGACCGCUAUACGCAAAAAAGUUACCUCUGAUGCAGCAAAACGGAGCUUGGAAUAUCGCGAAAUAAAAUCCCUUACCCAACUAGUCAAGUGCUACUAUGAAGCAAAAGGAACAAAAUCGUCCGAAGAGGAUAUCGACAGUGUGUGUCGACACGUUGUCUCGUAUCUUAAAAAGAAGAAAAGCGAAAAACACUUCUGUCGGUGGUAUCACGAAGAAGCAAUCAAGAAAGUAAAGCCAAAAUCGAUUAAGGAUGCAAUCUCCGAGCAUCAGAUCGUCAAUAAGAAAGGCAACGUCAAUUAUGCAGUCACAGCCGUAUACAAAAAGUCAUCAUUCCUCCGCAACUAUAUCGACGGACCCAUGACGUCAGAUGACUGGAACAACUUUAGCGGAACCAGGAGCUCAAUAUUGUUGUUGGCUUUAUUUGAAAGUCUCAAAGAUAAAAAAGAUUUAAUGUCGUUCCCACCGCCCGGAAUUCUAACCAUGGAUAUCCCGGUGAAAAUAUCUUCUGCUAAAAAUUCAGUCCACAUAGAAAUCGGGGAAAUAAAAUCAUCAGAUGGCGAUGCCGUCAGGAAGGCGAGAAUGCAGCUGAAAAGAAGUUUACUUUGUUUCCAAUGGUUGGAUAAAAUUAUUGAGACAUUACAAGUAGACUAUUACGGAUUGAUUGGCACUAUAUACAUUGAUGGAAAUUGCCAUUCAUAUAAGGAGAAUUUUGAAGAUUAUGAAGACGAAUUCACAUUUAAAAUAAAGUAUGAGACCUAUACAUAAUUUUCAUUCUUAAAUGGAAAUUAAGUAAAUUAAAAUGUGCCUUUUGUGGAGAUUGUUAAGUCAGAUCUACGUAUCCAACGUAGUAUUCGUCUUUUACAUAAAAAUAAACAGUGUGAAAAAAUUGACAAA